AUGUCGUCGUUACCUGUACGUCGUGGGUGUAUCAUGGGUGUUCGGUUUUACCCAACUGAAGCAGAGUUGAUCAACUUUCUGAAAAGGUUCCUAAAGAGCAAGCCUUUGCCGAGUGAAUGCCCUAAUUUCCAACUUGCCGAUAUCUAUGGAGACCAACCACCAUGGGAGAUAUUUAGAGCUAAUUCUGAUCAUCCCGAAGAGAAGGUUCGCUAUUUUUUUACUCGGUUGAAGAAACAGAAGAGCGAACAUACAAGGGUUCGUCGAACUUGUGCCAACGGGACAUGGAAAGUCCAAACCAAGGGUUUUCCUAUCAAGAAUGGCAAGGGAACAGUGGUUGGGUUUAGAAGAAGUUUCAAGUUUCAAAGUAGUAGUACUAAAGAAGGAGAGAACAAUAAAAUUUGGCUGAUGAAAGAAUAUUUCGUGGGAGAUGAUUUCUUCAUAGAAAACAACAUUCCUAAAGAGGAUAUUGUAGUGUGCCGAAUCAAGAAGAAUACAAGAUCAGAGAAAAAUCAUGGGGCAAAUAUGGAGGAACAAUAUGUUGCCAACAACGUGAUCGAAGCUAUGUUGCAUGGACCUGAUGAAGAUUACUGCGCAACAGUACAACCAGCAAUAAUUUGUCAAGCAAUGAACGAACAUAACAAUAGCAGCUAUAUUAAUGACUGCUCCAACUACCAAGAAGAGAUCAAUUGGGCUGAUGGUGUGCUCGUAGAUAUCGACAAUUUUGGUAAAUUGUGGAACCAGAACGCAGGGAAGGAGAGCAGCAAUCAGUUAACAAAUUUAGUGAAUGAAGUUUACUCAAUAGAGCUUAUAGAAAAGUAG